GUUUCAAUUUUUUCACAGCGCUGAAUCAGUCUUUUUCCGUGCUUGCAUCGAAUCGGAUAUCCGACUGCUACAUUGGCGCUCCAGGUGGCGCGUAUCUGCGGAUCUGUACUAAUUGCAUUUUUGACUCGUUAGUCAGUUGUUUAGUGAAUAAAUAAUUGUGCCGGAACUAGCUCAGCUGCAGCCUGAGCAGAGAUAUCUAAAGAAAACUGCGCUUCAGCCAGUGUCUUGGAGAUACAGGGGCAGUCUAUUAAAAGAAUACACAUGCAUACACAUACCUGAAUACAUAUGUAUAUUUCAAUCGCGUCCGCGUAACAAAAACAAAAUAGAUAAAGUAGCUUCAACCAAAAUUAUUACGAAAAUGCGCCAAGAAAAUUAAAAAGUGCAGAUAUAUUUCAACCGUGCUAUAGAGAAGAAGGUAUCUGCUGUUUAUUUAUGUUAUUCGUGUGUGAGGGGGUAGAAACAGCUGUUGAGGCAACAAAAGCGUCAACCAGUUCGGAUACUUCGAGUGUUGAAUACUUUUCGUCAGCAGAGGCAAGAGACAACAAUACUGAGCUCUUCUAUAAAAAGUUUUUCGCUUCCACAAUUUAUAUUCAGAACAUAAGUCAAAUAGACUUGACUUGACUUUAAUUAGACAAAUAACUGAAAUGACUGUGCAUACCUCAUUAUGCGCGUAGCUGUUAAAGUAUUAAUAAAGGACCUCAUAAAUACGUUGCCGUACCACAACGCUAAGAGGCAAAUGCGACAUUCUGAUUAAAAUAGAAAACAGCUGAUACACUCCUGCGUCAUGUAUUUACGGAAAACGCUCCCACUCGCCUGCCUUGUUUUGCUGUUCGGAGGACUCCCGCCUUUCACUUCCCCUGCAACGACCACUACCUUAGUGGCGGCCAUGUCCAUCGCUAAUCAGGACUUGGAGCGCUACUUUAGACCAGGCAACGGCACGCACAGCUUCUCCGGCAUGGAAGAUCGUAUUGCUGUGGACGUCUAUAACUAUGCCUUCCUUAACUGGUCGUAUGUAGAGCACGGCAACAUGCUGUGCAACAUGGAAUUCGCCCAGGAACAGGCCCGUUACGGGGAGGGCAAGGUGUUGAACGUAACGGGGCGUUUGGUCCACAUCAGCGCCACGGACAACUUUAGUGACGAUUACGCGUGUACACCAUACAUACGUGGAACCCUGGGAGCACCCACACCAGAUAAGGGGGAGACCUGGAUCGCUUUGGUCCGACGGGGACGCUGCACCUUUGAGGAAAAAGUUAAACAUGUAUACCAGCAAAAUGCUGCUGGUGUUAUUAUCUACAACGACAAGCAAGUAAUGCAGCUGGAGAAGAUGCAGAUCAAGGGCAAAACAAGAAACAUAGCCGCAGUGAUAACUUAUCAGAACAUUGGCCAAGACCUGGCCAUGACUCUUGAUAAGGGCUAUAACGUAACUAUUUCGAUCAUCGAAGGACGUCGAGGAGUUCGCACCGUUAGCAGCUUAAAUAGAACAUCAGUGCUGUUUGUGUCGAUUUCAUUUAUUGUUUUGAUGAUUAUAUCUCUGGUUUGGCUCAUCUUCUACUAUAUCCAGAGGUUCCGUUACAUGCAGGCAAAGGACCAACAAUCGCGCAAUCUUUGCUCUGUUACCAAGAAGGCUAUCAUGAAGAUUCCAACGAAAACCGGAAAAAUCAGCGAUGAAAAGGACUUGGAUAGCGACUGCUGUGCUAUAUGCAUCGAGGCCUAUAAGCCCACGGACACCAUACGGAUAUUGCCGUGCAAGCACGAGUUCCAUAAAAACUGCAUAGAUCCGUGGCUCAUAGAGCAUCGAACCUGUCCCAUGUGCAAGCUCGACGUCCUGAAGUUCUAUGGAUAUGUGGUGGGUGACCAAAUCUAUCAAACCCCCAGCCCGCAGCAUACAGCGCAAAUCGCCUCCAUAGAGGAGGUGCCCGUCAUAAUGGUGGCCGUGCCGCAGGGGCCGCAGCCCCUGCAGCAGCUCCAGGCCAGCAACAUGAGUAGUUUCGCUCCUAGUCACUAUCUCCCGCGUAGUCGUAGUCCUAGCAGUAGUGUCCAGCAGCAGCUACCGCCACUUGCGUAUCAACCCCACCCGCAGCAGGCGGCAGCGGAGCGCGGCAGACGCAACUCCGCUCCCGCCACAAUGCCGCACGCAAUCACUGCCAGUCAUCAGGUGACCGACGUCUAAAAUAUCGCCAACCACCCACGAAUAAGGCUUAGGUACAAAGUUCAGCUUACUCUGUACAUACAAACGCGUGUAUUCAAUAGUCAGCUAUAGUUAGCUAUAGCCAGCUAAACCACCAGACCAAUUUUCAUAUUCCUUUAGUGAGGUCCUUGCAUCGGAAUUUGUAUAGUAAAAUUGACGCAAACCCGCCCAUGGAGUCCAGGGUUCUUUUCAGCCCUAAUCGAAUUUUUAUUAUUUUAACAUGUAAGACUCUGUACGCAGUCAAUAUGAAUUUCGGUACAGAUUAGGUUCAUAGAUUUUGCAAAUGUGUAGCCUAUAUUUUGUAAUGCCCACUAAUGGACGUAGUGUAACGGAUCAAGCCAUUGACUGGUUUUAACAUGAUUACUAAGAUUAACGUAUUCCUCGUUUUACUUAAUUAAAAGUGCUGAUACCGAUUAAGGUAGCGAGAAAGCUUAUGGAUAUAUUCACUCAUGUGUAAAUAAACUCAUUUAAGAGCAGUGUACUUAAAAAAGCUGAUACGAAGACUUCCAUUUUAGUUAUUUACAAAAACCCCACGCACACUUACAUGUAUUUAAGCAACAAUAUAAAAUACCGCUAGAAGUUCAACUUGAAAACGGAAUCAUGAAUACACUUAAAUCGCAUACGGUUUAAGCAUAUGUUUAAGUUCUAUUUAAGACUUACAAUUGUCGAUAAAAGUAGGCAAUGGAAAUUACUUGCGAGUAUGUACUACAAUAACUAUGCCUACUUCAAAUUCAAUACCAAUACAAUUAUAAACAAUGACUAUAUCUGAUAGCUGUAGAAAAAGUAAUGGUAAAUGCAAUAAAUAUGGCAAAGUGAGCGACUGUGUUGCUAGUCACACAUAGCAGGCUACACAAAUCGCACUCAGCGCACAUUAUGAACUAAUGACUACUGUAAUAUUAAAGGUGCCAAAGUAUUUGCUUUUAGUUAUUCAAAUUAAAUAAAGAAAGAAAAAACUUUAUUUACUUUAAUUAUGAUUGCUAACUGCGUUUGUUUGCAUUUAUUUAUUUAAUAGUUUUUAUAGCUUAAAAAUAAGUUAUUAAUAAUGGUUUUAAAACCUUUUUUAGAUGUGCUUUAUAAAUUUUGAGUUUAGAAGGAUUCCCCGAGUAGUUUCAGUUAUAGAUUCAUGUUUUUUUGAAUUUGUUAUUUGCUUUACCACCAACUUUGAAACAAGACCAUGCUGAUUGGCAAAUGUAUCCGAAAGGUAAUCAUACAUUAUCUGUGCUAGACACCUUCAACAUAUUAUGGACUCAAACAUUUUAAAGAACAACCCCAAUAAACAUAUUG